GCAGGCUGGGACCAAGCCUCUGAUGGGUGAAGCAGGGGCUGCAUUAGUGGGGAGCAGGGGAGGGGACCUCCACACCAGUGCCACUGCCCAGGGCUGUGUUUUGGCUUUCCUGUGGGCAGCCGAACCCAGCCCAAGUAUCAAUAAACAUUUGGCUCACGUAGUCGUGUAUGCUGCUCCAGGGAUACCUCGUGGGCUGGAGGGACACAGCCCAGGUCUCCUGAGCCAAGCAGGAUCGGCUCUCUAUGUUGCUCCCACUUUUCUGGUGGGAGAAGCUGCAGGAUAGCUGAGCUCUGGGAUGAACCGACAGAAGUGCACCAGGGCUCCCCUCAUAGAGAUCUCUGCCCGAGGCCAGGCACUUGGGGUUGCUGGGUGCCAGUUCUUCCCUUUGCUGCCAGUACAAAGCUGUUUGGAGAUGGCUGUGGUUAUGCCCUGUUAUUGUUGUGGAAAAGGUCUGAUUGGUAGUGCUUCUGCCUGUUGGUUUUGUUUCUGGAGCCUCCAGCACUGACUGUUCCUUCGCCCUGAACUUCCUGCAGUUACCUUGGGCUUUGCUUGAACAAGAGCUUGCCCUGGACACAACAUUUCUUUUGGCAGCCUUUCGCAGUCCACCCUGCAGAGCAGGAUUGCGCCACAGCACUUCCCCAAAGUUGUUUACAACUCCUGCCCCUGCUCCGAGUGGCACUCUGCUCAUGUCAGGGUCAUCACCCACCUGCCUCCCCCUUCUGCAGCCCCCUGCACCAGCCACUUCAUGUCCCAGAUUCUCUGCUGUGGGCAGGUGACACCUAUCGCUGCUCUAACAGGGAAUUCACCUGAUCUGUCGGCCAAGGUGUUGAUGUGCUUUGGAGAGUGCCUGGGAGACUCUUGCUCUUUCAGGCUGAGGGUGACACAGCACCUUCCUAAGGUACUGGUGCUGUUCACGGAUCAGAGCUGCCAAGCCCUGAUGCAUUUGGUGCUGGACUCAAGCCUUCUGUGUGGUGGUACAAGUAUGGCUGCUGCUGGAUCAGGGAUGUCAAGCUCUGCAUUGUUUGGGGACACAAAUGCCCCAUGAGAUGGGAAGAAGCACAUAGAGGAUGGGAAAGCCACCUGGGGUGUCUGGGACCAGCCACAGAUGUCCCUCCUGAGCCCGAAGAGCUGGAGCAUCCAAGGGGCAGGGGGGCACUGGCAAGACCCUGGCAGGCCAAGCUUCAAUGGCUCAGGGCUGGGGCUAGCACCACAUGCUAUGAAUGGUUUUGGGGUGGCUUCCCUGCAGCACUGGCUCCCUCCUCUCCUGCUGCCCCUCAGCUGUACUCCUGCUGGAGGCAGACUGCUCGUGGGAAUAGGCUGAUGUGCUCUGCCCUGCACCCCUGCUGCCCAGCCACAUCCAGCUGGGCACUGGCCAGCAGUUGCUGCUGUGAGUUCCCGUAAGCCUGGGUUGAGCCCUCGAUGCUGCUGACAAACAACCUGCACCCCUGGGGCCAGGGGCUGCCAGGACACAGGGCUGUGGCCCCUCUGCGUGGGAAGGGGUGGGUACUGGUUGGAAGCCGGAUUGGCUGCAGUCCCUCAGAACCUGUCCCUAGUGUGGGACAUGCUGCUCCCCUUGGCCAGCAGGGUGGCACUGCCCAGGGCACUGGUACCCCAGCUCUGGGUGGGUGUGCCCUGACUGUGAGCAAAGCCAGGCACAGGAUGGGAUGGGACCUGGCUCCUGGGACCCAGCUUCUCCUGCCAGCACUGGGGUGGUCACCUGUGCCCUGCAGGGACUGUGGUAGGUGUGGGCACAGGGCAGGUUUGCCAAGGGCAGAGGCUGGUCUGCUCUCUGUGAGCCUCAGCUGGUGUCACAGUGCCAGGGCACUAGUCUGCAGCCAGACCCCCCCAUAUUUGUAGCUACAAAAUCCGGGAAACUCUUGGCACAUUGGCUUCCCGUGGGGGCUUGGCAGCUUCCCGAGAGCCUCUGCCAAGCCGGCAGAGAGCCAGGUGGGGCUUUUUGUGCUCCUCCUGCUGGGAAAGGUGCUGGCUGCAGGCAGCAGGGUCAGGAGGUCUGGAGCUCUUGAGCUGCACCAGGGGGAGGGAGGUGACAAUAAAAGGGGUGAGGAGGGAGCCCCGAGCAGCAGUGACCUGCAGGAGGAGGCUGCUGUGAGCAGGGAGCUGCCAGCAUGGGACCUGCAGAGCUGCUGAUCGCUGGCCUGGCCUGGAGCGUGCUGGGGACUGCAGCUGCCACCGGUACCUUCCAGGAGCGGAGCUGUGCAAAGCCUGCGGAGAUUGAACACGGCCACGUGGAGCACCUGGUGGUCAGGUACCGCUGCGACCCAUACUACCGGCUGCGCGGCUCCGAUGAUGGGACAUACAAAUGUGAUGGGAAUCAGGUGUGGGUGAGUCCUGAAGCUGGUAAGGAGGUGCCUGUCUGCGAGCCAGUGUGUGGGAAGCCAAAGAACCCCCCCAGGCAGAUGCAGCGCAUCAUUGGGGGUCUGCUGGCUCAGAAGGGCAGCUUCCCUUGGCAGGCCCGGAUGGUGACCCGCCACAACCUCACUGUGGGGGCCACACUUAUCAGUGAUCAGUGGCUGCUAACCACUGGCAGGAACGUGUACCUGAACCACAGCGAGAACACCAAUCCAGAGGAGAUUGCCCCUACGCUGCAGCUGUUCCUGGGCAGCCGGAAGCAGCCUGCCUUGGGCAUCGAGCGCAUCGUGCUGCACCCUGGCUACCCACAGACUGUGGACCUGGCCCUGCUGAAGCUCAAACAGAAGGUGCUUGUUGGAGAGGAAGUGAUGCCCAUCUGCCUGCCCCAGAAAGACUACGUGCAGCCAGGGCGGGUGGGCUAUGUCUCAGGCUGGGGCCGUGGUGCCACCUUCGCCUUCUCUGACAUGCUGAAGUAUGUGAUGCUCCCAGUGGCUGAGGACAAGCAGUGCCAGGAGUACUACAGGGCACGGAAUGCGUCCUACUGGGUGCAGCCCAUCCUCAGCAACAAUACCUUCUGCGUGGGCAUGAGUGAGCUGCGGGAGGACACCUGCUAUGGGGAUGCUGGUGGGGCCUUUGCUGUGCAGGACCCUGAUGAUGACACCUGGUACGCAGCUGGCAUCCUCAGCUAUGACAAGACCUGCACGGCCGCCAAGUACGGUGUGUACGUGGACGUGCAGCGCGUCUUGGCCUGGGUGAAGGAGACAGUUACAGCCAGCUGAGGGGCCGUGGGGGAAUAAAACUGUCCUGCCUCGGGCUGCAGGCUGUGUCUCUGUGCA